CCGGGCCGGGCGAGGCGGGGCCGCCGCAGGCAGCGCGGGCAGCGCGGGAGCCCGGCGCGGCCCCGGCCCCGGCCCCGGCCCCGCCGCCGCCGCCGCCGCCGCCCCAUGACGCCCAGCGGGCGCCCCGCGGGGCCCCGCCGCUCCCCCCAGGCCUGGACCGUGAAUUUGGUUGCGAUGGAGACCGUGUCCCUGGAGCACCAGAUCCAGAGCGUGCAGCGGCACAUCGCUUUCCUGAAGAAGGAGCAGAUGGAGCUGCUCCAUGACCUGCACCUGGAGAUCCUCCGCUUGCAGAAGCACUGCUCAGCCCCUCCCCAGACUGCGCUACGUGGCCGCCAAAUCUGGUGUGGAUCGAACUCCCUGAAAUCGCUCCUCUGUGGAUGGGUGCCAGCAGCUUCCUCCAGCCACAACACUGAAGAACCAGAGCGAUUUUUAUUCUGGGCAUCAGCUGGCCGGGCGGGUGAGCUUACCCAUGACCUGGAAAUAAAAGAGCUGGAAGCCCGCCAGCAAGAUGUGCUGGACCGGGAGCUGGAGGAGAAGUGCCGGGUGAUGGAGGCCCGGCUGCAGGAGAAGGAGAAGGACAACCUGGAGCUGCGCAAGGAGCUGCAGCACAAGGAGACGCUGGUGGCCGCGCUGCGCUCCAGCCUCCGCAGCAAGGAGCGCCGGUUCCUGGAGGAGCUGAAGCGGCGGAGCCACCGCGUCACCAUCCUCGACACCGAGCUGCAGAAGCAGACCGAGGCGGCCGCCUACCUCUCCCUCCAGCUCCACGCCACCGCCCAGCGCCUGCCGGGCCCCCGGCCCCCCGAGCAGCCCCCCGCCGCCCCCCCGGCCGAGGGCAGGCCCCGGCGACGCGGCCACAGGGCGCACCCCCGGCCCCCCCGGCCGCCCCGGCCCCGGGACCCGGCGCGGGAGGAGCACGACGCCAUGCCCGACCCGGCCCUCUUCCUCUACUCGGCGCGGCCGGAGCCCCCCGCCGCGACCCCCCGGGCGCAGCGAACCCCCCGGCAGCCCGGGCGGGAGGGGGCCGGGCCGGCCGAGGGCGAGCCCGGCAAGAGGCAGGGCUCCGGCCCCCGCGGAGCCCCCCGGGCCCGGGAGUAGUGGAGGGGGGGGGGGGGUCCAGGGGGGGCGGCCCGACCCGACCCCGCCGGCCGAGAAGUCCCGAGCCCAGCGGCGCCGGGGUGGGCACCGGCCGAGGUUGCUUUUCGCCCGUCCCCUCGGAGGGGAGGGGGCAGCGGCAAGCGGGGGCCCUGCUCGCCCCUCCUGCCGGCGGGCGGGAUUCCCCCCCCCCCCCCCCGCCUCGCAGCCCGCCGCUUCGGGGGGGUGCGAGCCGGGGGUGCCGGCGGGCAACCCGGCGGGGCAUCCGUGGAGGCGUGGGGAAACGGCUGAGCACCUGUCCGGAGCGUGCGGGGAGAGAGCGAGAAAGAAAGGGGGAGAGAAAAAGAAAGAAAACUAGCGUUUCUGCCAUGAGAUCUUCCUGCAGCUGUUGCCCCUCGGAGCGGACGCCGGGUGCGUUUCUCCCCGGCCGGGGUGCCGGCGGGCGGGUGUGCGGCACACGGCUCGGCACCGCAGGAUGCGCUCGGCCAGGCCUCCGGCCCUGGGCAUCGCCGGCACCGCGGCUGGGAUGGGCCGGAGAGGGUCCCAGACAUCACCGGGAAGGUCCGCCGGGACGUAGGCAGCUGAACGACAGUCGCUCCCGUGGGUGCCGGAGGGAUCCCCCCUCCGUGGGGCCGGCGCGGCCGUGACAGCCGGGUCCCAGACCCUCGCUCCCCCGCGCAGCAGUUCGGCUGUCUCUUAACACGGAUUUCCCCCGCGUUACAUUUACACGCAGGACUUGGACGAGGCGGCUGGAUGUGAGCCGCGAGCGCCAGCCCUGCCGGACACCCCGUGCGGCCCCUCGCCCGCCGCAGCCUCGCUCCGCGUGCCGCAGCCUCGCUCCGCAUGCUGCUGGAGCAGGGCCGCGACUUGCUUCCCCCGCGCCGGGCAGGGCUCGUCUCGGCACCAGCAUUUCGGUUCUCAGUCGCAUCCACAGCCGGGUCCGGCUUUGUCGCAGACGACUGAGCCGCCCUCCAGUCCGUCCCCACCGCCUCCGUACAGCACGCAGCCUUUGCCCCGCCGGGGCAGCCUUGCCCGAUCUCCAAACCAAACCGUCAGCUUUAUACAUCCAUUCCCUGGAUGUGGUGAAACAGCGGAAACCGGGAGAGGAGAGGAGGGCUCGGGCGGCUGGGCAGGGCGAAGGUCUCGCUGCUCGGGCACCAGUGGGACCUGCGCUGCUCCGGGCAAUACCGAGGGGUGGGUUUCGCCCCGGUGGUUUGGCUGCCAGCCCUGGCUGGCCCGGCUGCGGAGGCGUGCUGGCCUGGCGAUGCCCAGCCGGGAGCCCCGGCCCCUGCCCGCAGCCAGUGCCCUGCCCGGCUGCGUGGGCAGCCGCCUCCCGCGGGACCCCCGCUGUCUCUGUGGCUGGCGCGGGCAGGAGGAAGCCGCGGGCUGCGAUCGGACCCCAUUUCCUUCCAGCUCAGUUUGAAACCUCUUCAAAAAUGUCGCCCUUGUAGACCAGUCGGGCUUAGCCCGCCCGAGCUCACCCGCAGCGUGCCCAUGCAGUCAGAGGUGUCUAUUUUUGUAGUUCAAUAUUUAUAUACUAUAUUAAAAUGCUUUUACGAGAUUCUCAGCAACAGUCCCUAGGCCAGCUCUUUGGUAAAAACAAACCCCUAAGUGUACGAGCGGCACUAGCAGGACAGAAAUUAGCAGCUUUUGUACCUUUUCUUUGUGAUGUGAAUAGUCAGGCUUCGGAGGGCAUAAGACCCUUCCUGCUCCCCCAGGGCACCCUCGAGGGUUGGGGUCCCCACUCCCCAGCUGCUGCCAUGGUCUGUAACGCACCCCUGAGUUUGGGAAGAAGCCCAGCAAAGCCACACACACCUGGGUAGGUCCCCCCUGGCAGGGGCCCAGGGAGCAGUCGCCUUGGCUGAAGCCCUGCAGAGGUGUGCAGCUCCUAGGGGCAAAGGCAAGGCUCUAGCAGGAAAUUUUUGCAACCCCUGACGAAUCCGGAGCCGCUGCCUCGAGGCCACAGAGCCCCCACCAGCUCCGCCUGCCCUCCCCGACUGUCACCCCCCGCGGAAGGCUGCAAAGAGCCUGGGCAGGGUGCUCGCAUGCCCUGGCUGCGAAGCUGCAAAGCAUCGCAUGCCCGAACUGCCUUCCCAAGGCAGGUGGGGGUGCAGAGGCAGCGUGGGGUGCGUUGGUAACACCCAGCUGGGUUAUGAGCACGUGGGUACAGUUGCACAAAGGAGAAAAGCCCCGAGUCCGGCUCUUGGUAAGGCUGCGGGAUGCUUCCCACCUGUUUCCCAUCACAACGUGAUUUUAGGGCAGGCUGUCCCCAUGUCCCAGCUCUGGGGUGAGCAGGGUGUGCUUGGGGCCCUGCUGUUGCCCACCCCCACGGAGGCAGAGCAGGGCAGCAAAGGGGCAGUUUGUGCUGCGUUGCACAGGCAGCACCCGGGGGUGCAGCAUCGUGGCCACCCGGUUCCCGGUGGUGUCACACAGGUGAGGUGCCAUUUGGCCUUUGGAAAUUGCCGUUUCUCUCAGGUUCAGAGAGGUUCUGCUGAGGAUUUGUCUCUAGUCUCUUUUAACAUGGAAGAGGGUAAUACGUGUCCCUGCGCUGCUUGGCUGUUCCUUUAGCUGUGGUGUGCACAGCUGCUUUCCCCUCUCCUUCCUAGACAAUCCUGAUAGACAGAGUAUGUUGCAUUUUUAUUAUAAAAUCCUUGUCAAGAUCGCGGUGUUCAUGACUGACCUGAGCAUUGAAAAGGGGAGGGAGAGGUAUGAUCCUUCUUCUGUGUAAAUACCUUCCUAGCAAUCAUCAGUUUUAGUGCCUAGUAUGUAAAUGGAGCAACCCUGUCUGAGCUGCAGGAUCCUUUCCCCUUUGCCACUAAUUAGCAGCUUGCUCAAGGAGUUGAUCUCAUUUCCAGUCCCCCGAUUGCUUCUCCUUCCUCCCGGUGCUCCCCGGUGCUUGCGGGCAGCUGGGCAGGCCCUGAGCCCCGCAGCCCUUGGACGUGCAGGCAGAGCUGCCUACGGCGAGGGGGGCUUGUUUCCCAAAGGGACGGAGAGGGAGCACCCCAGUUCCCUGCUUCAUGCCAAUGUAAUGUGCUUGGAAAUGAGUCGUCAGGGCGAGCCCUGCGCUUUUUCCCUGGGCACCCUUGCCUCGGAGCAGGAAGGAUCAGCUCGUGUGUGCUGUACCUGCUUCAGUCACUGCUGCUUUUGUUGGGGGGGGGAGGGAAGCUCUAGAGAUACUAUAUAUACACUUAUAUAUAUAUACAUACAUGCACUUGUUUUGAAGGGAAAACACUGUAUGAUUGUAAUAGAAAUGAUGUUGAGAUAAAUUAUUUUAAUCUUUGUAUUUAUAUAAAAUGAUCAAAGAGAUCAAAAAAAAAAAAAAAAAGAGCAAAAAGACAGCGUUCCUGUUUUUUAAUGAGUAGGCUGCUGUUAGCCACAGCGAGCCCCAGGGAGCAGCGGGAGCCCGGGCAGUGCCUGCCCUCCUCUCCCUGGGCGGGGGGCUCUUACAGACCCCCCAGUCUUGGACUGUAAGUUAGCCCUUAGCCUGUAAGGUGUAACAGGGAUCUGUAGGUGCAUUUAGUCAGUGCUGCUGGACUCCUUGGGAGUCCAAAGGCUGCACACAGCUUCGACCUGCGCUGUAUACCUGACGCGCGUAGAUGGAGGAGUGUAACCGCGGACACCUAUGUGCUUUGUAUGGAACAAGCGAUGUUUAAUGUUGACUCAUAAAGCUUAAUGGUUAGACUGGAAAUGGAUGCAUAGCAAUAACGCUCGGUUGUUAAACAAUGUCUUAUGUGUAUAAACCACAAUGUGCUGAGAGCUUUCUGCGUACAGACUAACAGCCGGGCACCUCUCCCUGCACCCCCCGCUUUCGUUCUGCAGCUCUGCAGGGCUCAUGGAUUUGAUGUGUUGGGCUUGCUAAUCUCUCUUUUCCUUGUUGUUAUUAUUUUUCCUAAUGCUCUCUGAGAAAGCGAUGUCUCAAAUUGUGCAGCCUUGCAGCAGGCGCGGGGCGAGCAGUGGGUGGGGAGGGAGAUGUGCCCACUUCACUUGCUGCUGCUGUGCCCAUGCUGGUGCCGCUGACUCGGUGCAUGCUCCCCUGGACUUAUUUUAACCCUGGCCAGACCGGUCGGGAAGUUCUCCCUCUUGACCCUGUUAAUUAAAAAGCCAUAUUUUCUGAAUGUGUUUGCUGGGGCUAAUCUAAGUGCUCCCGGCUGUGUCCCUCCUGUCCCCGCUGUGAGGGUGCCAUUGCGAGGGCCCGGAUAGCACAGCCGCUCCCGAAAACCCCCUCGGGAGGCUGCACCACCUUCCCCGUGUCCUGUCCGUGGUGGGGCCUCAUCCUGCUGCCUUGGGGAAGCUUUGCCUGAGGCAGAGCCCAAGGCUUUCUGGAAACCACUUUAAUGCAAGCAAGGUUAAGCACAGGGCACAGCUGAUGGGUGUUACACAGGGGCAGCCGCUGCGGUGGGGCUGAGGGGUGGUCUGUUCUGGAUACCCAGGAAAGCUGGUAGUGAUGCAGCAAGAAAUGUCCUGCCUGAAGUGGCUGGAGAGCUGGAGCCAGCAGUGGUCAGGGAUUGCUCUGCUCUGCACAGUGCAUCUCCGUGCACGAGUUCCCCAAAAUAAGCUCCCAGGAGGCAGAGGAGUGGCAGGACCGCAGCGCUGCCCGGCUAGCUCUCCCCAGCGGGAAGGUAUGUCAGCAGCAUGCCAGUGGACUUUCAUUUUCGGGACCUAGGUGAGCGUUUUGGGGUCCUCAUGUACAGCCUCGUGAACUGGCUCCUGCUGCUCCGGUGAAGCCGCAGCAUCCUGCCCUUCUCCGGGAACACCAGCCCUCGCUUCCCAGCAGCCCCGACAAGCCAGUCUCGCUGUAGUGACGCCACAGCUGCCUCGGUGCACGUCUGUUCUUGUCACCCUCUUGCACUGUCGGUGCCUGGCUGCCAAGUCCUACGGGGAACGCGAUAGGAGGGGAGAGAAAACUCCCUUAUAUCCGUAGGUUGCCUCAUGCUGUGGAUAAGAUCAGCAAUGCCGGUGUGCUGGGCUGGGUGAGCAAGAGAAACCUGGGAUCACCGAGCACAGCAGCCAUGGAGGAUCCCGCCAGACGACACGGCCUGUGAAAGCACAAAGAUAGAAGUGCUGUGUCUCCUCGCUGGUUAAAGCUGCCCUUUGCUCCCCAAGGCCAGGUUUCUGCCUCUGCCUCCUCCCUGCCAGCGCUGCCCGAGGGCUGGCCCUGCAGUGACGCUGCCGUCCCAGCUCCCCGCUGCAGCCGCGCGAAGGGCCGGCGCCUGUGGGCAGGGGGACGCGGAGCGUGACGCUUGGUCGCUGUCACCGUAUCGGAUCGGAUCCCUUCGUUGCACCCUCCCUCCCCUCACGCCUUCAGGCAGGAACAGGGUUGAGAAGCUGCCCGUGUGAGAGGUGCACCCAACGCAAACCCAAGUGGCACCUGCUCCUCCUUGGGGUGCGGUGAUGCCUCCUGCCUCUUUCCAAUAGAUUUCACUGAUCUUGUGGCUUCCCCAAAAGAUCCCCUUUCCCGUCGUUGCGAUUAUAGCAGGAAUGAGACUAUCAGGCCAUGGGAAUCCCUCGAAUCUUUGUAUGUCUCAAAAACCAGACCCUUUUGCCCCCAGGGGACGUGGGUAAGGUGCUGAGCCACAGCCCCUUGGGCCUGCAGGGAGGAGCACUAUCUGUAUUCACCCGGGUGCUUCAAGGUCACACAGAGGGUCGCCGUCAUCCCAGUCCUUGCCAGGGCUGUAACAGGCCUCCUCAGGUGGGGACAUCACCUCUGCCUGGCCAGAGCUGUGCUCGGGACCCCAGGGAGGGCUCUGGCAGAGGGACGGGGAGGGAAGCACCCCUGGGUACAGCUCCCCUGGUCCCAGAGCAGCUGCGGUUUCACUGGAGCAAAAAUAUUCUCCUUGGCUGAGUUUGCGAAGCUCAGCUGAGAACAAUAAAAGCUUGUGCCUCGUGCUGGGGAGAGCCAUUGCAGUGGGACAGAUGCCAAAGGUUUGACACUGCUCUGCUUUAUUUGAAUGUUCAUUUUACUACAUGACACCAUUAUUCGCCAGGACGAUGUUAAUGUCGACUUCGCUUUUUAACCAAGUGCUUUUCAAAAUGUGUUAAUAAUACCCAGAGACUAGAGUAUGGAGCUGUACUUUAGGAGUCGUUGUAAUAUGCCUUUUUCUUAAUAAAGAGAUUGAAAUCUGCA